AUGGAAGAUUAUCUAGAACCGGGAGAGAUAAAUUUCCGAAAUUUAAUUAGAGAAUCAACUGAGAGUUCAGUUAAAAAUGAAGAGUUGAAGGACGAUUAUGAUCUCUCUUUGUUAGCUCAACUUGAUAAUAUUACUUACAACUUGGCAUCUGACACUAAUGAUUUACCAAUGGUUCGAGACCUAGAAUUACCUUCUCCCAUAUCAGAAACUUCUAAUAACUCUUUACAAAAUGGUAUGAGCAACUUUAAAGAAAAUGAUUUGCCGGAUCUGCAAUUUUCACCAAAUAAAGAACCCAGUAAUGUACAUUAUGUAAAAUACAAACUCCAAGAUGGAAGACAUGUGAAGAUAUGGGAAUGUGGGAUAUGUAAAAAAGUAUUUGCUCAUCAGUAUACUUUAAUGAGACAUUUACCAACGCACACUGAUGAAAGAAAGUACAAGUGUGUAACUUGUGGGAAAGCAUUCCGACAGAUGUCAACCCUUUCCCAACACAGAGCGAUCCAUUCUACCGAACGACCUUAUAUAUGUGAAGUUUGCAAAAAAACUUUCAAUCGUGUUUCCACCUUGAUUUCCCAUAGAAAAACUCAUACAGGUAUCAAACCCCAUAGAUGCCAUUUGUGUACGAAAGCAUUCCACCAGAAAGGAAAUCUUCGUAAUCACAUUUUCACUCAUACUAAUGCAAGACCCUACAAAUGCGAUAUCUGUGAAAAGGGAUUCAAUCAAAUGUCAAAUUUGAUGUGUCAUAAAUUGAAGACUCACCAAAGGAUCGAAAAACCUAAUUAUACCUGCCAAAUUUGUGGUAAAUGUUUCACAAAACGUUGUGUUUUAAGAGAACACGAACAAAACUCUCACAAAAUAAUAAAUCCAUCACAGUUUCUAUCAUCGGACGAUCAUCAUCCUAAUGCCGUUAUUAUCGAUCCAAUAAAAACUGAAGCAAUGCGAUGUGCAAUCGAAUCUAAUCAAACUCCAUAUGCUCUUCUUCGUCCUGUCGGCGGAAUACCUGUAUUGGUGAGGGUAUUACCUGCCGGCGAUAAACAAAUGUUAGUUCCAGCUUUGGCCGAGGAUUUGAAAAAACAUAGUCACAUAUCAAUUGCCUCUAAAAGUGACACACCUGCUAAUCAACUUGAAAAUAUUGCAGAAAAUGGUAAACCGCUCGGUGAAACAGUAAAAAUUCAGAUACCAGUAGUUGCAACUGUAAUACAGCAAAAUGGCCCUGCAGGGGAAAUAUCUAAGCCAGUUGUUAAUCCUGGACCGAGCAGAGAGCUGGACAAUGAACUUGGAACGAAGAAACUUAAUUUUAUCACCACUCCCACGCUGACCAAUUCUAAUUCUACUACUGGAGCUGUAGAUCUGAAUUACAAAAUUCAAAAUAAUAACUUUGGUUUGUUCUCUUCAUUUUUAGAACAGAAUAACCAAGAAAUUAGCCUUCAAAAUACUCCAAUUAUGACUGAAGGGUUUCCUCUAACUGAAAACAUCCAAAAUAUCAAUAUACGGUUCGAUGAUGACUAUAGUAGUAAAAUUGGAGACGAAUUUAAUUACGCAGAUCUAUUAUAA